GGAUUGUGAGCCAACAUGAUCCUGUCCAGAUCCAAACCCGCCAUUCCACAGGCCUCCAAAGAUGGCUCGACGGUGUCGGGCACCUCUGCUCAAAAGAAGUUGCCCAAAUUGGAGGAUUUCCUUGCUCAGCGAGAUUAUUUGGGCGCCUUGAGUCUUUUAGAAUUCCAUCGAAACUCGGGCAAAGGUGGAGACGAAGUGGAUCUCUGGUUGGGCUAUUGUGCCUUCCACGCUGGAGACUACAAACGAUCCAUGUUGGAGUACGAGGCGUUGACUCACAGCAAGACAUCACCCAAGGGAACCUAUAUCAAUCUUGGAUGUUGCUUCUUCUAUUUGGGAAUGUACGAGGAAGCGGAACAAAUGGCCGAGAAGGCCGACAAAUGUCAGUUGCGCACACGCUUGCGUUUCCACUUGGCCCAUAAAUUUGGAGACGAGAAGAAGUUGAUGACCUUCCAUCAGGAGUUGGAAGAUGUGAUUGAGGACCAGCUCUCCCUUGCGUCGAUCCAUUAUCUCAGAUCACACUAUCAGGAGGCCAUUGAUAUUUACAAACGAAUCCUCUUGGACAAUCGAGACCACUUGGCGUUGAACGUUUAUGUCGCUCUAUGCUAUUACAAAUUAGAUUAUUAUGACGUCUCGCAAGAAGUUCUGGCAGUGUACCUCCAACACUUUCCGGGCUCGGCCAUCGCCGUGAACUUGAAAGCCUGCAACCAUUUCCGACUCUACAACGGAAAAGCGGCCGAGCAAGAGCUCAAGUCUCUCCAGGACCAUUCCACAAGCCAUCAAGCUAGUUUCGGAAAGGAUCUCAUCGAGCACAACUUGGUGGUGUUUCGCAAUGGCGAAGGGGCGCUGCAAGUGUUGCCACCUCUGGUGGACGUCAUUCCCGAGGCGAGGCUGAAUCUGGUCAUCUACUUCUUGCGCCAAGAUGACGUGGCGGAGGCGUAUUCUUUGAUCAAGGAUCUCGAGCCCACCGUCCCUCAAGAGUACAUCCUCAAAGGGGUGGUGAAUGCCGCUGUGGGGCAGGAUAACGGCUCCCGCGAUCACUUGAAGAUCGCUCAACAGUAUUUCCAAUUGGUCGGCGGCUCAGCCAGCGAAUGUGAUACCAUCCCGGGACGACAAUGCAUGGCGGCUUGUUUUUUCCUCCUGAAGCAAUUCGAUGACGUGCUUUUGUACCUGAACUCGAUCAAGUCCUACUACUACAAUGAUGAUACGUUCAACUUCAACUAUGGCCAGGCCAAAGCCGCAGUGGGUAAUACGAAGGAGGCAGAAGAGAUAUUCCUUCAAAUUCAGAGCGACAAGAUUGUCAACGACUAUGCCUAUCUAUCGUGGCUCUCGAGAUGUUACAUCAUGAAUGGGAAAGCUCGCUUGGCUUGGGAACUCUACCUCAAGAUGGAGACCAGCGGGGAAUCCUUUGCCUUACUCUCACUAAUUGCCAACGACUGUUACAAGAUGGGGCACUUUUUCUACGCUGCCAAGGCCUUCGACAUGCUGGAAAGGCUGGACCCCAAUCCAGAGUAUUGGGAAGGGAAACGCGGGGCCGCCAUCGGACUCUUUCAAAUGAUCAUUGCAGGUCGAGAAGAGCGACAAACCUUGGUGGACAUCAUGCAAAUGCUUAAGAACACGACCAAUCCGCAAGUGGAUCACAUCAUGAAGGUGAUCAAGAAAUGGGCCAAAGACAAUCAAGUGGCUAUCUAAUGGACUGACUAUCAAUGGGACGUCAAUUCAAGGAUGAAUGAACUUUAUUUUUUUCUUCUUUCUGGCGUAAAAAUACGAGAAUCCCAUAAGGAGCUA